UAUUGCCAUCGAUGCUAAAAACUUCAGCACAGGUUGAAAGUAGAUGACACUUAUCCUGAAAGGUGGAGAUGUAUAGGCGACAGGUUUUCUACAGUUCUGACUUGAGGAACGAUCUGUUCAAUUUGAACGGCGCCUCUGUGCGGCAUCUGUUGCGGAGCUAUCGGGCCUGGGCAUGGCUUUCUUAUAGGAGAAUGGAGAGGUGGUGGGAGAGUUGUGAAACAGUGAGUAAUUUUAGCUUUUCUUGUGGUGAAAAAUAAUGAAAGAUGGUAAUAAUGUUACUUGAAUAAUGAAGCUUAGUGUGAUGAAGCUGAGCCUACGUCAUGGCCUUUAUGAUAUGUACCGAUUUAUCUCGGGAACCCGAUCGUUAGUAAAAACAUCUGAACGCCUGCCUUUUUAAAUUGUCUGCCACGCUCAUGACAUAACUGGGUAAAAUUAAUUACCAAAUCUGUUGAUUUGUUUAUUUUCCGCAAGAAAAGGAUUGCCAAAUCAUCAGCUGUCGUUCGAUAUUUUUCUUUUCGAAUUUGCUGACUCAGUUCCGAAGUCUAAGCACGAGUCCUCCACGACUUCCGAGUUGUGAGGCAUCAAUGAGUAAAUUAAUAUUGCUGAAAUCGAAAUUCGGGUGUUUUUUGUCUAGCUUUUAUUAGAAACCAUCUUAUUAUCAGACAGUCUCCCAAAGAGUUAUCUAAAGUGACUUAACUGUGUCAUCAUAACUGGUUUUGUCAUCUUAGCUGCGAAAAUAAAAAGUAAAUUUAUGAAAGUUACCAUGAUUGGAAGAUAAUUAAAUUGAAAUGCUGACGUUCUUAUGGCAACCCCUUUGCAAUGUAAAAUCUAUUUAGAACGCUUAAAAAUGUUAAAUCAAACCUUUGAGAGAAUUAUCCUGCGAGCAGGUUCACUUGUGUGAUUUCGGGGAAAAUUUUGGUGACGGAAUUCAUCGCUGUCCGGCAAACGAGAGAAACAAGCUAAAGCAGAGCAAAGUACUUAAAAGACGAGGUUGCUACUUUCACUGUUGAAAGUUUACCAAGGUAUUAUUAGCUUACUAAAGUUAAAAAGCUUAGUAACUUGACGUUUGACUGCAGUGGCGGAGCCCGAAACUUUUAGUGACAAGUGAGCCUGCUUGAAAACGUUUGGUUUAAUUUUCUCUGUAAGUAUUUUAGUCUUGUUAAAUAUUAUUUUUUUCAGUAGCCAGUUUUUAAAUCUUAAGAGUAUGAAAUACGGAAAAAUUUUUAUCAUGAAUUUAAAGUUCAUUCAUUGUUGCUUGCAUAGUGGGGCUCGUUUAACGUUUACGAUUUAGUUCCGUGUUUGAAAAUUUGGUUCUCUGAAAAAGCAAUGUAACAUAAUUUUUUAAAAGCCAUCCGUGUCAAUUAUUGAAAAUAUUAAUAAGGUGGAAAAACGUUUUCUAGUAAAAGCCGGUCUUAUUAUUUCUCGCGGUGUUUUAUUAUUUGUGAAAUCUUUUCCCUUCGGCAACCUCAAAAACACUCUACAAGUACUUAUGUUCCCCGGCGACGGACGGUGUCACUGAGCGACGUCAAAGUAAUUCUAUCCCCACGGGUAUUCACUUAUUCAUUGGUCUGAGUUUUAAAACUGAAGGGGUUGUGAACACAAAAAAGCCGCUGACAAAGCGUUCCCUUGGAAAUGAUUUGACACUAUUGUGAACAUACCUGGUAGAACAAUAAGUAACUAUCACUACCAUGUUUAAUUUCUUCAUUUCUUAUGCAUCUCUAGAGCCUCAUUUCCGACGGGAACUCGUUCGUCAAAAUGCCACCAGGUUUCUUCAGAGGCCAAAUUAAGUUUGAAUUUCGCCGCAUCAUAGAAGAGCUUUGGCCGGUGAAAGUCGACGAAAACAGUGAAAAUGGCGAUUUUGCUGACAAGUAUCAUCUUGGCGAAGAAGCAGAUAAACUGGGCGAGUAAGUGUACUAGUAGUUUGCAUUUAUUAAUGUCUGUAACGCAGACUACAAAACAGGACCCUAAACUUGCUCGUCAUGUCCACGUAUCCACAUAAUUUAGAACAACUAGACUCUCCAGUUCUCCUAAGAUUCUCAGUCAAACCAACCUAGAGAAAAAUCCUUGCAAUUCUACAAUCUUGGCGUCCAAAAGCUGGGAAAGCUUUCAACAAAAUCGUGGGAGAGGGGGAUCUCAGUUCGGGGUUUGAUUUGUUUUUUUUGCUCGCAUGAGUUUCAAAAACCAAUAGCAUAUCGCAUAAAAGUAGUUUUUGUUGACAUUCUCGGAGGGUAUAAUGCGUUGACAUGGUUUUCUGUCGGCUUAGGAAGUUUUUCUGUUUCGGAGAGGCGGGGGUGACCUACAGCUCUUUCGAGGUUGCCGCGGUUGCUUAAGUUUCUAAAUCUAUUUGUAAAUCACCUCCGUUUACGCGGUUUCUCAAAACCGAUUAAUAGCUGUAUGCCCUGGAAAAAUCAGUAACCAACGUAUCGGAUAUUUUCUUUACUUAUGGUAGUUUCACAAAAGAAGUAGUUUCGACAUCACUAUUACGCAAUUGCCAUUAUAACUUAAGAAAGUUUUUUAAAACAUGAGCGAUCACAUUUGCGGCAAUUUCAGUAGCUACAAGUUACGUUUAAUAGCUGCAUUGUGAGUCAGCGGGUCCCUUUAUAUGCAAGGUGCAAGCGAGACAAGCAGGUUUAUUACAAGAGAGCAGAAUUAGUGUGAAUGGUACACAGGCCUCAGUUUUGUUCUGUCUGAAUUUUUCUGCUUGUUUGUUUAUGUGUUUGUUUGUAUCAUGAAGGCUUCACCGCUUUAGUCCCUAUAUCGGUAAUGUUCAUCGGACCACCAGUAAGAAGGUGUCCUCUGGCGUGAAAACUUAUUAAAAACUCUGCACAGUUUGUGCCAUGAUUUUUAUUUCUCGGUUGGUGACCAGGAAAUUAUGACCAGUUUUUGCUGAUAAAACGCGCAAAACAGUUUAUCGAAGAAACAAGGAAAAUUCAACUGUAUUAUCGGGAACGGAAAAUUCUGGUGAUAAAUGUGUGUUUUCAUUCGCAUUUAGUCAUCCGUAAAAGUGACGAUAGGGAAAUGAGUAAUGACUGAUGACGAAGAUCCGAUAAUGACGAAGUUUAAUAUUGUAUUGACAAGAUUUUCUUGAUUUGUUUUAGUUCUUAAUAAGAUCAAUAUUGGUAAUUUUCUUUUGGUGACCUGAAUCCAUGGGAUCAUUGCGAAAUUGGCCUGAUUUUAUUGUGUAUAUCAUUGCUGACCCAUUGCAGAUCAUGUCCAAGUGGAGCAGCACGGGCUUCAGCUUAAUCGUUCAGUUUCAAACACACUGACUUCCUGCACUUUUAAGUAUGGGAAGUCAGUAGAAUACUUUCUUCUCAGUUUAUUCCAACAGUUCCGCUGAACUGACCUCGGACUUAUUCUAAAUAGAAGAAAUUUUUCUGAUAAAAAAAACCUUCAUUCACUGGUGCCAAUUAAGUAAGCGACACGGCACCUUUCACAUUAGCAAAGUUCCGACAUCAGUUUUCCUACCCCUUGUAGCACCUUACAUGAGGCCAAGUCAAAAAUUAAAACCUUCCACAGGUGACCACCAAAUCUUCCGGGUUGUGUGAUCGCGAUUGGAAGGUUUGAGUGUUCUACUUUUGCUUGUGUUAUAGAUUUAUUUCUACCUUUACAGAGCGAAUUUACGAAAUAAAAGUUCUCUAGUAGAAAAUUAAAUCAAAUUUGCAUGCACAGUACACUGAGACUGAUUCAAAGUAAAUCAGUUUAUUUGUCGAACCACAGUAGCCGGAUGCCGAUUACGUAAAAAAACCCUUUACAAUAAUGUACUUCUCUUUCACACUCUCAGUAGCCAGCGUAGCGGGGGAGUUAAUGCGUAUAAUCAGGCUGGUGCUGGCGGCGGAGCCGUCCGAGCAUAGCGGCGAUUAGCCUUGAGGCCGAAAUCGCUUUAACAAUAUCGUCAACAUGGUUUCAAGUUUUGAUUGAGACUUAAGAAACAGCACCAGAUAAACUAGUUCCCAGAACUUUUCUCUCAUUUGAGGACGCGACGAAUAAAAAAAAUCCGAAAGGGUUCAUUGAGUCACGCACGUUCCUCCCUAAAAUGUGAUGACCCUUCGUCCGAGGAAAAUAACAUUACGUAUAUGCGAAAGGCGUAAAUGGGGAGUGAUGGAGGUGGGGCAAACAAUCCGGAGUAUAAUAGAUCGGCCACUUUACACAGCUGAUAACAAAUUUAUAGCAUUUAGUUAUGUAAAGGAAACGAAAUAAAAAUUUUGAUAUGAAACUUUUGCUUCUUCCUAACGAUCACCCGUUCGUGACUUUCUGCAAACUCUACUCACGUGUUGUCUGUUGUUCUGUGACUGUUCUGUGCAAUACUUAUUCACAAUACCGCUGAUCACAAGUAUUCAUUUUGCGAUUCAUAUGUCGUUCUGUUCUGUUCCGGUUGGGUUGCAACACUUCUGCUACGUCGCGUUGUUAAGCUAUCGUUUGCUUUGCAUCUCGUCGAGAUGACUGUCUUUGGAUGAUUUGAUAACUAUGUCUGAGAGUCAAAAUUUAACGAUUUGUGACUUGGCGCUCGUGAAAUGACAGAGUUUGAGUUAGAAGAUGGACCUUUAGGAAGCGAAACUACCGGCGGAUUUUCUGACAGAUACGAAGUUAAGGAGAAACUGGGCGCGUAAGUGGACGCUGUUUGUUUUAGUUAUAACACGAAUAUAUCCCGAAAAAAGUGCAUGUUUUUUCAAACGAAUUUAAGUUUGCAACUUGUUGUUGAGAAAAUAUUAUAAAGCUUGGCGUGAGAACGGCCACGGUUCGUUGAAACUGUUUUUUCUCGUGAGGGAAGAUACCCGGCAAUUUGAUGUGGUAUGUUAUGCAAACUCUAACCUCGCCUUUUCGCGAGUUUGUCAUUCGACGACAGGUUCCCUCACUAAAUUCCUAGCACUAAAAGAAGUUUUAAAGUCAGCGGCAGAUCUAGAUGUUCGUUUAAGAAGUGUAACAGCGAAGGGUUAGGUCACAUCCGUUGUUCAAUCAAGGGUUGUGUUUGGUGUUAUGUAAGCUCAUGUAAGACUUGCGUAGUUGUUGCAUCUAUUAAAGCGAAUUUAUACAUGCUGCUCCUUGGUAAAUGCAAAGUACCAAUGUAUCAAGAGGGAUUAAAUGUUUAAUAUUUCACUGACACGAAAUUGAAAGGAAUCUGUAGUGUUAGUUUAUGUGUAGCAUUUUAUUGACUGCUCGAGGCCGAACAGUUACAGCAGCUAAUUUGCAUUCAGAUGUAAGUUGACUUUUCCUGAAAGUUCCUAUCCGAGGAAGCAUAGACAUUUUGAAGAUCUACUGAGCGAUAAUGAUCAGUAAUGAAGAAAUACAUCUUUACACAGCAGCUUUUAAUGCACAAGCAAUUUAGAUUUAUUGUAAGAAGAAGUUUUUAGUUUGGUGAACCGUUUUAACCUUGAACCCAAUUCAAUGUUUGCAUAGCCUCCCACUCAGGCAUUUUUAGGGCAGCUCGUCUCUCAUCCUCGGUGUAAAAACCUGUUAAACUCACGAGUGACGUAAAGCAAUGAAUACAUAGAAGUCAACACAAAAGAGCCAAGGAAAAUAAUGGCUAGAAAACAAAGAAAAACUUCACAGGUUUUUACACUGAGGUAAACCCGUUUGCAUGGACAAUCUUCUUAAGAUAGAGCUUUUUUCAAAUUUACAGUCAAAGAUGCUAGUACCCUCCUUCAGACAAAUAACACCUCUAAACAAUGCCAGCAAUUUAUCUUGUCCUGUUGUGUCUAUACUGUAUAGUUUUGACUGCCUAUUAAGUACCCCACAACACAUGACUCAAGCUCACGGAAACCAGUCGUUUCGAUACAAACUCAAGCAGUGAAAUUACACAAAAAUUUUGAUCACUUCAAGUAAAAUUUGCAAUUGAACAAGAAAAACAUUUUGGGUGAAUAUUCUUCGUUCUUUAAGCCAUGAACGUGAAACUAUUUUCACCUCACAGGAAUUAACUUGUAUCAAAACGACUUGUAUCAAAACAACUUUGUAUCGGAAUGACUGGUAACCAAGCUCACUGACUUUCAGAAAGGCAGAUGAUAUGGAGUUUUAGUGGAACACAAUCAGUCAAAGAAUUAACUAUUUCGAUUUUUUGGAGGAUCAAGAAAAGUGGACGGAAAUUUAAGUACACAGUAUCUGUUAAUAAAAAAGCUACCGUAAUCUUUUUUGGUUCGACUCUUCUCCCUACAGAAUAGUACAUUUGCCUAAAUAUAAUGGUACUGAAUUGGCUGACUGGUCACAUAUUUGUGGUAUAAAUUGUGAUGUUUUACACCGGGUAUAAUUCUCCAUAUUAUUAUUUUUGCAGAAAUGGCAACACAAUAUUAUGUUAACGUUGCCUUAUUCUGUAGUCAAUGUUAGUUGCUUAGGUGAUGCAAUAAUUUACUAGGAAUUUAUGAGAACAGUAGUUUAUACUGUGCCUUGUUACCAUGGUUCAGACUGUUGUGUCAACACACUGAAACAGAACGUUUCUUAAAAUAAUUAUCUUCAUUUCAACCUGAUACAACACUUGUGCAUAAAACAACUACUCAGCAUUUGUAAAAUAAUAAUUUUGGUUUGAGUAGAUGAUAAAAAUAUUUUUAUUACUCUUCACAUUUUCAGAGGAAUCUCCAGUGUGGUACGAAGAUGUUUCCACAAAGACACUGGAAAACCAUAUGCCGUGAAAAUAAUUGACAAGCUUAGUGAUACAGGUGGUGUGGAUAUUGAGGCAACAACAAGAGAAGAAGUCCUUAUUUUACUAUCCUUACAAGGACAUGAGAAUAUAAGUAAGUGACUUUUUUGUUUUGACUGGUAUUCUGUUGAGUGCUCCAUUAAGUCUGUACUUUAGUGCAGCUCUUACAAAUAUUCCUGUUUGGUAUAGGCUAAGGGUUCUGGUGUCCCCUUGGGACAUCUCCACCCAGAACUUGUUAAAGUACCCUCCCUCCCCGGUUGUAUUAUUGAACCAAUAGAAAACGUUUUCCAUGUUUGCAUAGCGUGAUAUAAACGUGAUAGGAGGUUGUUGAGAGAAUUCCAAGACAGUUAUGCAAACCUGAGAUGAAGUCAAGGGUUUGCAGAACUGUCGUGAAUUCUCCCAACACCUCAAGUGUUUAUAUCAGGCUAUACAAAUACAGGAAAAAAGUUUUCUAUUGCUUUUAUAAAUUAACUUUCCCGAGAAAAAGUGCAAAACUCUUUGUUAUGGCACUGAUUUAUACAGAAAAUUCUUGCCAGUCGCAAAGUCUUGUACACGAAGCCUUGAACACAUCAUCAGUUCUGCAGUUUUGCAAGAAAGAUGCUUUCCAAAAUACAGGUUAUUCUCACUUAAAAUAAUGUCAGCUUAAGUGGAAAAAAAUUGACACAGCAUGUUUGUUAAGAUUUUCCAAGUUUUGGCCAAUGACAGAAUGGGUAAAUAAAGUAAACUCGUCGCGUUUUCAACUAAAAAACUUUUUCAAAUUUGUGCUUGCCUGAUUAGCGUGUGAAAAGCAAAACAUCUUGAUGUCACAACCAUGUUUACCUACUCUAAUGCAAACAGGCCUCUCGGCCAAUCAGUUAUUUUAUAAAAGUUCUUAAAAAGUUACAUCGUAUUAUAUGUAGCUUACUAACUCUAGCCCCUGAAGAAUUGUGUUGUAUUAAAAUGUAUGUCCAUAGUGGUAUUCUCACUGUUGUCUCUGUUAUUUGCAGUUGGACUGGUAGAUGUCUUUGAGUCUGAAGUAUUCUUCUUCCUUGUUUUUGAGUUGUGAGUUUAUUCAUUAUGUUUAUGAUUUUAGAAUGAAAUAGAACAUAAAUACCUGUAUGACUGUCGCUGUUCUUGCCUCAUUUUUUUUUCUCCUGCUGGGCAUUAGUAGGCUUCAUUUUAGUGGGAAGAGUUUUUAGGAAAGCUUUUAGGAUCUUAGGAUUAGGUGAAAGCAAAGGUAGGUGAGCAAUGGAACAAGAUUUUCAUGGAGAUUUUCAGGUCAAUGUCAGGUGGUUUUUUGCUUCUUUCUCCGGUGUCCUUGACUGAAUUGUGCUCAUUCUGGUAUGGUUUGAAAGAUCUUUUCACUCUACACAAGUUACCGCAGAAAGUUGUCCUUGAACGUUAAAACUGAUGACGUCACAAAGGGUAGAAAGGACCUGGAUCCGCACGGGCGGUUACGGGGGGUUCAGGGGCGAAUGGGUUAAAUAAUGCCUGCUUGCAUUUUUGGACGUAAAUGUAAACCUGAUAUAGUCUCCUACAGUUGAAUGAUGUGUCUUAUGAAUAGGUAUUAAUUAUUACAAAAUAAUUAAUAGUACAUACAUGUACACAGAUUAUCACAUUUUAAUGAUGUUUCAUGAUUUAUAAUAGGGCUGAGAAGGGUGAACUGUUUGAUCAUCUUACCGACCAAGUAACCUUGUCAGAGAAGAAAACCAGGUGCGAAACUGUGAAGAGAAUAGGUGACCUACAAUUAACAAUAUUAUUGGAUCAGGCUGAGUAGGAUAUGAAAAAUUAAUGCAGAUUGACAGGGUGUUGUCAGCCUUGGCAAAUGAAACCUCUGAUAUCACCUGUUCAUAUCUUAUGCAAGCCAAAUUCAAUUAUCUUGUUCUUGUAUUAUUAUUUAUUGAAAAUAUUUCUAAUCUUAGAACAAUAAUACUUACUUCCAUGUAAAUUUCCUGUCUUUAAAACUUUUGAUUAUUUCUCUGCAUUUUUCGGAUACUGUAUAAUGUACAGGGAUGUUUGUUCUACCUGAUCUUCUCCACUAAUGCUUUUAUAGCAGUUACCAGUUGUCAGCCCUCGGCAAACACUGUGUUAAGUAGGGAUAGGUUAUUGAAUGAAAGAUUUGCAGUUCUCUCAAUGAAUGAGUUGCAUUUUGUACUGUUCAUAGCAUUUGAAAUUCCUUAGUACAGUGGAACCUCAAUAUAAGGAGGUUUCGUUAUAUCAAGGUUCUUUUUCAUACAUUUUACUAUUACUGGGGUAAAGAUAAUUGUUCGUUAUAUCGAGGACUUAGUCAUAUAGAGGUUCAUUAUAUCCAGGUUCCACUGAAGUUACUUUGUUAUGUCAGUUUUUAAAUUUAAAUGUUAUUGCUAUUUAUUUGCUAGGCGAAUCAUGCACGAGGUAUUUGGAGCAGUAAAGUUCAUGCAUGAUAAUGAAAUUGUGCACAGAGACCUGAAAGUGAGUACUGUAUAAUAUCAACUUCAUUAUUUUUCUAUAUGUAGAUUUUGUCUUUUCUAACGACUGAGUUACACACAACUUCUUGUACAUGCACAAGCAGAGACAGAGAUUUUUAAGUAACUGUUGCGCUGUAUUCUUUAGUUUUUUCUGUUGUUCAGAUUGUACUCGGUACAUCUUAUAAUGUGGUUAAAGUUUCACUGGUGUUUUUUCUUUCCAAGGGUCACUGGUCGCUUAUGGGAGUUAGUUGCUUACAAAAAUCGUCCCACAGUGGUUCUCUUCUGAGAAGAGGUCCCGAAUCAUCUACUUUUACUAUCUAAUUUCUAAUAUGUUAUUUCAAAGUGAUACGUGUAUGUGUUGUUACAUGUCUUUGAAAAUUCUUUGUAUACUCUGAGUGGCGUAGUUCACACGGCGAACAAAGAGACCGUUCCAUGCGUCAAGUAGUUGCUUACAACAGGUUAAAAGCAAUAGAAAACUAUAAACCUCUCAGGCCAAAAAGUGCUUGGGGUUGAUUAAUAUUAUCAAACCCCUUUUUUACUUAAGAUUCAGAGUUAGAACCAUAUAACUCAUCUAUUAUAAAAGAUGAUGGAUGCUAUGAAAGAACAGAUUCCAAUGCGUUUUUGAGUAUGGCUGCACAACCCUAGCCCCACAAUAGAAGAGACGUCACUGUUACUGCAGAUUAGGCAUGACGAGGGGCAAAAGUGUUUCUUAAUUUUUCUUAUCUCUUUAAAAAUGUUUGUUAGUUUUAUUUUUAACAUUCCUUUCUUUUAUUACUUUCCUUAGCCUGAAAAUAUCCUCCUUGAUGAAAACUUUAAAGUGAAAAUAUCAGAUUUUGGCUUUGCAGUGAAGCUGAGAGAAGGGGAAACUUUGAGAGGUACUGUUCAUGUUCUUUUCCCAACUUCGUCAACUCUGUUUUGUUUUUAUUGUAACAGGACCGUAAACACGGUAACAGAAGACUAGAGAUAAGACUUUUUUUAAUUUUAGAUUGCAUUUACAUUGUAUUUGGUAAUACUUCAGAUAUGCAUCUCUUCUUUAUAUCAUUUAGCUUCCUCUUUCUUUCACCAGUGUGGAUUUUAAGUUCAAGUUUUCAAGGAAUAACUGACCUUAAUACUAUUAUGUUAUUAUUAUAUGUAGAAUUGUGUGGAACACCAGGUUACUUAUCACCUGAAAUCUUACAAUGCUCUAUGUUUGCUGAUGCUCCUGGUUAUGGAAAGGAAGUUGACAUGUAAGGAGAUCUUAUACGUUUUAUGUUUUUCAUUUUAUUCUUGGCAGUUGUGUAGUUUAUUUUGAUAUUGCUAAUCUUGUAGAACAGAGUUGGUAGAUCAUUCAUUCAAUUUUUCUGUUACAUGUUAUCAUGUUUCCCUGCCCUUAUGUUCUUACUUAUUAAUAAUAAUACUUUUGUAAGUGGAAAAGUAGAAUGAAAUGAUAGCCCACGUGUACCAAAAACAGCUGUCUCUCCUUGCUCUUCGCCGCUGGGGUUGUUUCACCAGGUGGCACAUCUGUGCCUCGAUCAGCGACAGAAAUUCCAUACUGAUGAUUUAAAAUCUGUCCAGAAUCUUGCCAGGAGCUAUUGAUUACAAAUGGCAGUCAAAUGGUCAAAUGUAAACGAGUUGAAUCUACUACAAAACAGUCAGUAUUUGUGGAACAUUCAUACUCUUUUAAAAAAAAAAUCAUUUGAGUUUUGUCGAAGCUUGUUUCAGAAGAACACAAAAUUUAUCCACAAUUGACCAGGAGAAACAAAAAAUCCAACAAAUUUACAUUUGGAACCCCUUUAAUCACUGCCAGUUUAAUUAUGUAAGCAUUGAUUUUACGUCAUGAGUAUGGAAUUUCUGUUGCUUGGGCACAGACAUCCCUCCUGGCAAAACGUCCCUAGCGGCUAUAUAGUGCUGCAAUUCAAGCAACCUGUAGGUAACAACAGUCACCCCAACUUUGUUUUUGUUGUUGUUGUUGUUGAAUGGAGGGAUGGAGGGGAGGGUGCAGGUUGUUUUCUUUUCCGAAAUAUACCUGAUUUGACAACAGCAUCUUAGCAAAUCUAACGCUGAUUGAAGGUGCGCUUUUGUUUCCUGUUUUUAUGAAUCAGUGCCUUUAUAAUGACAACUAAUAACAAUCAUUUCUCUCAAUAAUAAUUAAUUGUUUUUUCUCAUCAAUCAUUGGUGCUUGUGUAGUUGUAAAAACCUAUCAAGAAAACCCUGUCGCAGCUAUAACAACCACAACUACAAGCAAGUUUUGAUUGUCUUCUGUUUCAUUUUUUAGUUUAUUAAUAAAUUUUGUUUUAUCUUCUUUCAUUGCUUUCAAGGUGGGCCUGUGGAGUAAUUAUGUACACCCUGUAAGUACAGUAUUGUAUAAGUUAUUUGUAUAAGUUAUCUGCAGAGUCUUACCGACCUUUUUUACCUUCCUAUAAUGUCGAAUUCUGCAGUCUAUAAGUUGUUGUACACAAGUUGCCUGUCUUAACUAGCCAUAACUCGCUGUUUGCAAGCAGUAACACUACUAAUUUGAUUGCAACAUAGCUGUUUGUUGUUGUUUACCUCACCUGGUAGUACUAACACAUCUAGAAACUUACUAGACCAUUUUGCUCAUUAAAAGUACUAAGUGGCACACUCAUUUUCAUCCAGGCUGGUAGGUUGCCCUCCCUUCUGGCAUCGGCGACAAGUGGUCAUGCUAAGAUCAAUAAUGGAGGGGAGAUAUCACUUUCACAGUCCUGAGUGGGAUGACAUUUCUGCCUCAGCAAAAGACCUGGUGAGCAUGUGUAGUUAUGUUAUUAUGAAUAAAUAAUAGCAAUUUGGUGGUCAGGUAGCAGUUGCACAAAGUGCUUCUUCAUCUACCAUUCUGGAUUGAAUUGAAUUUAGAAAUGUUGAUAUACCACCUUGAAUCUAGGAUAAUGCUUGUGAGAGAUGUACCACUAUUAAAAAAACAUUGUUCUUCUUCCUUCUUUGUUUAUAGUAUUGGCAAUGUAACCACCCCUCAACAACCUGUUUUUCAAUAAUUUAUACAUGUGAGAAAAAAGAAAUACGAAAUUUAGUUGAGAGGAACCCCUAUCACUCACACUAUUGACAUAUAGAUUAGUGACGAUACAAAUGCCACUGGAGAAUUUUAGGUUUAAAGUACCACCCAAUGUAGUGUUUCUUAUUAUGGCAUGUUUGGAAUUUCCUCCAGAUCUCCCAGCUUCUUGUUGUUCAUCCUAAGAGGAGGCUUACUGCAGAAAAAGCUUUGGAACAUAACUGGUUUAAAGAAGCUCAGGUACACCUUAUAUUACAUAUUCACUCAGCAGAUUGUUCAGCAUGAAGGUGUUACUACCAGUGAUAAUUUUUUUUAGCAUCCGAGGUAGGGUCUGUAACCCAGUAACCAGUCCCAUUAACUGUUCAAAGCCAUAUGUAUUUCCAUAGUUAACCCCUUAAGCCCUGAUAUCCACAUACAAAUUCUCAAAACUGAUCUCCAUACAUUUCCUUAAAGAAUUAGUUGACAGAAUUUGAUAAAAGAUCAAAGCAUUUUCUCGGAGGUGAUCAUAAAUUUUUCUUAAUUCUCACAACAUUCUCUUGAUUGUUUAUUGAUAUUGUUAAGGAGAAAAUUGAUGUUGGUCACUCUUGGGACUCCAAGGGCUAAAAUAGAAUAAGUGACUUCUAGCCUACAAACCAGUCCAAUAAUUGGAAUAAUAAAUAAUAAUAAUAUUAUUAUCAUUAUUUUUUUAUUACGUUAACUUAGAGUUUUAAUAGUAAUAGAUUUGCCUCUUCAACUGUGAAUAUUCUAAACAUAAAAAGCUUUCCAAUCCUGGUAAAUUCCAGAACCUUAAUAACGGAUCCCUUUCAGACCUUUGUAAUGCUCGUUCUUUGUCAGGGUGUAUUUCUUUGGGAAACUCCAAAAAUGAAUUUUGAAUCUUGAGAUUCCACACCCUGAAAGUGUUCAUAAGAUAAAGACAAAAUCCAGCAUUUAGAAUUUGUAGUCUCUUUUUCAUUGGGCUUGGGCAUGCCCGCCCCCCCCCUCUCAAAACAACCUAUCUUCAUGGGUACACUGUAAGGCAUGAUAUUGUUUACUCAAUAAAGUAUAACUUUGAGUGGAUAUUGCUCUUUUACAGCAAGCACGGAAUGAAGGUUUUUCUGCAAGGUGGAAAUUCAAGGUAAGUUCAUUAUCCUUUUUGAAGGAGAAGCAGACAGUUUUGUGUAAAGAGCACACUUAAUAAUAUACCCAUUAUGUUUGGAUUCCAAAUAGUUAUGGGAAAAGGGUCAUAUCUAAUAACAGUUAACUCCCUGUGCAAAAUUAAGGAAUUCACUUUAUUUUAUUAGAAGUUUGGAUCUCAAUAUGUUUUAUACUAAACAUGUAUAGCAUUUAUAAAGUUUUUCACUCCCACGGUAAAUGCAUGUUAUUGUCAGUAAGGACUUUCUGCAAGUACACGAGUAUGUGUGUAUGUAAGGCUCUUCCUCUAUGUUUUUAAGUAAUUUACACCUUUUAAGCUGCACUGUAGCAUGCUAUGGUUAAUUGCUUUAUUCCUACUACAUUUUUUGCUCUUGGACUGAAUUGAAUUGAAUAUGGUAUUCUUCGAAGUUACUAAGUAUCACUGAAUGAAUGAACAACUUUAUUAACGUGUCAAAAUCUUCUAGCUGGCCACCAGUAGCCUACUAAUCGGGGACACCAAAAACCGACUGUUUUGUUGUUUUUUGUAUUUUAGGGAACGGUUAUUGCAAUUAUUGCGGUGCACGAAUUGUCGAAGUUGGCAAAAAAUAAACUACAACCAGUGACUUUUGAUUUAGUUCUUCGCGAGCCUUAUGGCGUGAAACCGCUGCGGAAAAUGAUCGAUGGAUGUGCAUUUCGUAUCUAUGGACAUUGGGUCAAGAGGAACAAGGAUGAAAACCAGAAUCGAGCUGCGCUAUUUGAGAAUAAGCCGCACAAGGAAAAAUAUAAUGGCAAUGGACAUACCUAUAGAAAGACUGGCAUUCUGGAGUCGUAUAAUGCCUCGUUCAGAAUGACGUCGUUAGGGCAAAUUCAGUACAAAUCCGUCAGGCAGAAACCUGUGCAUAACUGACAUCACGUUGGUACGAGAGAGUUAUGUUUGACGUGAAAAGAGUGGAGGUUUGCAAGUUGGUUCUGUUAAGGAGAAUUAUUUAUAUUUAAAGAAGUAUCAAAGCUUGGACAAGACUUUCAAACGUGGUGUUAUGAAGUUGUCAAGCAUCCUAAUGUCUUUGUGGAAUAUUAUUAUUUCAUUGUGUUUUGUGCAACAUUUAUCAC